GGAGCAAGAACUCCAGCAGCAGCAGCAGGAAACCAAACAGGAGCUGCAGCAGAAAACUUGAGCAGCAGCAGCAUCACAAAAUGACACAGCAGCUGCAGAAGCACCAGCAUCAAAUCGAGCAGUAUCCCCAAAACAGCAGCAGCAGCUUGAGCAGCGCUGCAUCAACAGCACCAACAAGUAAUUGCUGUUCAGCAGUCUCAUGCUGGUCAGCAGACCAGCGCUGCGAAGGAGGGAGGCAUCAUACAGAGAUUAUUUAAGGAGAAUGCGUGCGGAUGUGCUGGUUAUCCUGUAGUCUCCCUUGGGGUGUUCGGCUCAGCAGCUCUCUGUCUGGGCAUCAUAUUAUGUGCCGUGGACAGCAAUAUGCUCGCUAUUGGCCUCAUCUUCGCAGCUGCUGGAGCUGUAAUGAUCGUAUUCUGCUGCCGGAUGUGUGAUGUGCCUGACCAGGACUACAACACCCUACACUCUGACCAACCGAAGCGUUUAGUCUCUUCUGGCGAUGUCAGACUUCAGUUUCACAAUGAGACAUCUUCCAGCGGCUGCCGUUCGUCAACCGGAUCUCAGAUGGUGAAUUAUCCGGCACUUACUGAAGAUGAAGGUGUUGGCGUCUCGGAACAGUCUAAAGGAGGAUACCUGGAUUCAUCAGGACAGUGUCCGGAGCCGCCAAGACAAUAUCUAGAUUCGUCAGGACAAUAUCAAGAGUCACUGAAAAAACAACUUAAUGGCAUCAAGAUAACUUCUGAAGAAGAGACUCUAAACUACCAAGAACGAAACGGAAGAAUGGCUUCUGGGAAUUCAGCGUCGCUUGACAAUACAAAUCCUAGCUAUCCGCUACCCCCUGGAGGAUCGUCUCCAAGCUACUCGGUACCACUGGGAGGUUUGCCCACAAAUUAUUCAAUACAAGUUGCAGGAACGCCUCCUACCUACUCGAUGCUCCCUGGAGGACUACCUAUGAGCUACUGCUAUUCACUACCACCAGGUGGGCCGACGACUUGUUACUCUCUGCCCCCUGGAGGACCGAUAUUAAACUACUCUUCAUCACCCGGAGAGGCUAACUUCCCGAUGUCACCUAAUGGAGCGAUAUCUGGCUUCCCAAUACCACUGGGGAGAUCGAUUCCUGACUAUUUAAGACCGUCUGGAGAUUCCAUAGACAGCUAUAUACCCUCUGCUCCAAAUCAGAUCUCAAGCGAUAUUCCUCCUCCAUAUACAGUAACCCCAUUUAAGUAGAUUCUUUAACUCGUAAAUGAAUCAGUCGAGUGAGUGGCGACGAGUGCUCGUUAAUGUUAAGUAUUUUGAUUUUUUUUCUGUAAUGCAAUGUAGAAUAGUUUACUGCAUUUAACUA